AUGACUGAAGCAACCGAAACAACCAGACUCCAUAUUUCACCUCUCACCCCAGACAUCCUUCCAUCUGUGCUACCUGCAUCUAUUCGCAACGUAGCCACGGACAUCUCGUUCCACGAAAUCGCCACUUUCCCAGAGAACAGUUACGGAUACGUAACCUUGCCGAAUAUGGAAGCCGAAAAGAUCAAGAAGAAGCUGAAUGGUUCAAUGCUUAAGGGCAAGAAGUUCAAGGUUGAGGCUGCCCGCCCUCAGAAGAGACACCGAGAGGAGGAGGACGUGAUUCCCGAGGUCUCUUCUAGCACCAAAAAGAAGUCCAAGAAGUCCAAGAAGUCCAAGAAGGAAGAGUCGGAGGAUGGAGUACUGGAGGGCUUCGAGCUGCCCUCAGACCGAAAAGUGAAGAGAGGCUGGACCGAGUCCAGUGAGGCCAAGCAGGAAAGACGCAAAUCGGAAAAGAAGUUGGAGAAGAAAUCUAAAAAGGACAAAGAGGAGAAAUUGCAGCCCAAGUCCAAGUACACCGACAAAUCCGAAUGCCUGUUCCGAGCAACGAUCCCACCCAACCGAGCAUCUGAGGCAGCAUCCGAUGAUAAGAAGGCUAAGAAGAAGAAGUCACCAAAGGAUAAUGUCAUCCAUGAGUUUACCAAAAAUGUGACCCAGCCCAGCUUCCUUCGUACUGCCGAAGAGAGCGCACCGCCUACGGCUACAUUUGAAGAAGGGAAAGGCUGGGUAGAUGCCGACGGCAACUUGAGAGAAGCCGCAAGCGACAAGAUCAAAAAGUCUAAUAAGCAGCCUGGACAGGUCGCAGGUGCCAAAGAGAAGUACCGAGCCACCAAGUCCACAGACAAGAAGAACCGCUCCCGAAAAGAGAAGACCCCAGAGGAAUCCUCGGAGUCUGAAGAUUAUACCUCGUCAAGUGGAUCAUCUGCCGAGGAUAGCAGUGACUCGGAGAGUGAAGCAGAUGAAACGCCUCAAGGCGCCGAUGAUUCAUCUGAAUCUUCCGAUGAGGAGGAUGUCACUCCGCAAGCUCCCCAAGAAGAAUCUGCAAAGGCCCCGGAGACCAGCGAAGCCGAAGCCGAGUCAAUUCAAUCAGACUCCAACGAGGCAACAACCGAGGCCGCAGAGGCGGGGAACUUGCUUGCCAAGGAAGUCCAUCCUCUGGAAGCUCUUUUCAAGCGUGCUGCUCCAACAGCUUUGGAAAACCAGCCAGCACCUGAAACCGAGGCAGGUUUCAGCUUCUUCGGCAAUGACAUCGAGUCAGAGGAUGAGGAGCUCGCUGAGCCGCAGACACCGUUCACUCCAUUCACUAAGAACGAUCUCCAAAAUCGAGGCCAGCGCAGUGCAGCUCCCACCCCGGACACUGCCGGUGCCAUCCGCCACACCAAGUUCAACGAGAUCGAAGACUCAGAUGAAAGUUCUAUCGACAGUCCUGUAGCUAAAACUCGUAUCGGCGGGGAGAAAGACGAAACCGAAUUCGCCCAGUGGUUCUGGGAGAAUCGGGGUGAGAACAAUCGCGCAUGGAAGAAGAGACGACGUGAUGCGGCCAAGGAACAGAGACAAAGAGAUAACCGCAAGAAGGGAUUGAAGGGAAGGUCAUGA